AUGGACUGCCCAGUCACUACAGAACGUGACUAUAUAAGUUCUCAUGUGACAGGGUUUUCAGAUGAAGACGAGAAUCAACGAGUCGGAGGGCUCGCCUCUAUGCCUGUCACCAACGGCGUGCGGUACCACGCACAACAGCCUGCGAUGCAGGACUUACAUUACUCUAGCUCUUCUACUCUGGCGAUGACACCUCCUGAUUCUGUUUCCGAUUCUUUCUCCCCAACAUCUAACCCGAUUUACCCAUACCUUGCUCCGCAUCAACACUCAUUUAAUCGCAUGAACGAAUUUCCACGAGGGCUAGCUCUUCAACCACCUACUGGCAUGUCUUCUACUAUGCAGGCAUCUUCACACGCAGUCAACUCCAUUCCAGCCUUGAUGGGACGAAGCAACGCAUAUGCUUCUUCCUAUAAUCUCAACCGCGGCAUGGGUUUAUCUCCAGUAGGACUCAAUGAGGUUUCUCGCUCCCAUCAAUAUUCGGCUGCUCCCCGAGCUCUAGAUGGAAUUCUAGAUCGCCCUCAGACCAUGUUCCAGCAGUCGAUGGUGGAAUCUUCGCCACGGUCUCAACCACAGUUCGAAGCACCGCCUUUUAACGACACCAAUAUUCUAGAGUCUAUUGUGGCUGACUUUGGAAAUUCGCAGACGGUAGUGAAGCCUGACAUUCAAGCAAAGAUAGGACGAGGUUUUUUUGCCUCGGACGGCAAGUGGACGUGCUAUCGCCGCAACUAUUUCGCCGUCACAUGCAGCUUCAGUCUUCAACCGUGGACUUCAUCAGUGCCUCUGUAUAUUAGGCAUGAUGGGGGUGCCUUGACGCCAAUUCGAGGCUUCCAAAUGUCUAUAUCUGCCAUUGUCAAUGAGCAGUAUACCGAGACUCGCGAGCUGGUCCAGCAUACGCCAAAGAGGGACAAGCAAUCCGAACGAAAACCAGGCCCUGUAGCCCUUCAGCCUGCACCCCCGCCAUCUUUGGCCACAGGGUCUACGGGGAACGGGCAUUCGAGUUUUCCUCUGACCUCCCAAUCCCUAGACUACAACUCCUCAUUCUCCGGCGGUCCUCAACCCUGUUCGCCCCCGACAUCCCACAUGUUCGAGCGUAUCCAGUUCCAAAAAGCAACUGCUAACAACGGCAAACGCCGUGCCUCGCAGCAGUACUACAAUCUUGUAGUGGAACUUCACGCCGAGAUAGCAGACCCCGUAACGGGGGAGUCAGAAUCUGUCUUGGUCGCCCGUCGCCACUCCCACCGCAUGGUCGUUCGCGGUCGCUCCCCAGGCCACUACAAGGACGGGCGGCGGGACAGCACGGCGAGCAUGGGCCCGGAUGGUAGCAGUGGCGACGGAAAUGGUUGCCUCCCUCAUGGACUGGGUCAGUCUACGCGCUCGCACCUCAUGAUGUAUGACUCCGCCCACCGAAGCGCACUUCCUUACGGACGAACGGAUUAUCGGCAAAUGGCCAAGGCGGAACAUUCACAUUCACCUUUGAGUGAUAGUCCGCUUGUUUCAUCCUCGUCUUCGUCUGGCUUUGAUUACUCGAUGAUUGACGAUACUAUGGAUCCCAUGGAUACUUUGAAAACGUCCCCCAUCUUGGACUAUCAAGAUCCAUUCACCGGGAUCCCCCACCAUCAACAACAUCACCAUCAUCAUCGCACUAGCACAGGAAGUGGUGGUUAUGACCCCGUUUAUUCGACAUCGAAUUAUGGACGUUAUGACCCCGUCCAAAAUCCGCAUAGCCUGUGCACUUGA